UUGCAACGUCAAUGCAUCAAAUAUCUAGCACCAAACGAGAGAGAAUCAUAUGAAGUCGUCAUAAAAGAUGGAAAGCUCGUGUACAAACAAAGUGGUGACGUUGUGGAAACCACUGAGGGUUCAAAAUGGAUAUUCGUUCUUAGCACGACAAGAAUUUUGUAUGUUGGGCAGAAGAAAAAAGGCCUCUUCCAGCAUUCGAGUUUUCUAGCUGGUGGGGCCAUCACGGCUGCUGGAAGAUUAAUUGUUCAUAGCGGAGUUCUUGAGGCAAUUUGGCCAUACAGUGGGCACUACCACCCAACUGAAGAGAACUUCAGGGAAUUCAUAAGCUUCCUGGAGGAGCACUGUGUAGAUCUUGUUAAUGUAAAGAGGUGUGCAGCUGAUGAUGAUUACCUUCCUUCGGACAAGGAUCAUUCCGAGGAAUCGCUUCAAAGAUCCACUUCUGAAGCCGAACUAUCAAAAAAUACUAGCACAUGCGCAGUCGAUGGUUUGACCAGGGAAGAAGAAAUCACAUCUUGCGAUCAAAAGGAUAAGCCGGUGUUCAACUUGUCUAAGCACAUGUCCUGCAAAUGGACUAGUGGUGCUGGACCACGCAUUGGAUGUGUUCGGGAAUACCCAGCUGAGUUACAAUUCCGAGCACUUGAACAAGUUAACCUUUCACCUCGGGUGGCUUAUGGACCUCUCAACUACAAUGGUCCAAUCCCAUCACCUCGACCAAGUCCUAAGAUUCGACUUUCCCCACGGGUUUCAUACAUGGGAUUGCCUAGUCCGAGGACUCCUAUUCCUGUAGCUAACUAAGGUUUUAUAGGAAGUGGAAGCUGCCCUUACUGGAUCAUAAUCUGACAGUUGAAUGAUAGAACACUCAAAAUCUUCAUCCAUUCUUUUAUUCACUUAUUUUGUAAAUGGCUCAGUUAAUUGCCUAAUCCAUUUUUACCGAUCUCUGGCUCCUUGUAGUUAGUUGGAGGUCAGUUUUGAUUUUCUCAUUUCUUCUGUAAUCAAAGUAUUGGAAUUAUUAAUAAGUUUGGAAUUUCAUUGUAUCUUCACUAGGUUUAGGUUGAUAGUGAAUUCCUCCUUUCAUCUCCUUUACUAGACUGAAGGGUUUAUUUGAUUGAUAUUGAAAUAUAGAUUCCUCCUCGAA